AUGGCACAGAACAACGAGGAGAUCGUCCAUGGGGACCUUGAAUACGAUGGGCGAGUCAUUCUGUACAUCAUCAAAGCCGACGAGACAUCAUACAUCAACUACAUCAAGCCGAUCAUUUUGGCAAAGGAGCUGGUGAUUCCCCACGUGCUUUCCGUGAUCGACACCAAAUCGCAAUGGUACUACCAGAUCCACCCCGAGCGAUAUGUGCCCGCACUCAAAGACCGUGACCCGAAGACUGAGCAGGAUGUGGUUGUAUUUGAAGGGACAGCCUGCGUCCAAUAUCUCGCCGACCGAUUUGACUCAGACGGACAGUGGAUUGGACAAACAGCAUGGGAAAAGGGGCAGGUUUUGUCCUGGACAGCCUACCAGACGGCCGGGUUAGGAGCAACAGCAAAGUACUGGCUGUAUUUCCUCCGGGGAUAUCCCAAUCGCAAAGAACCCGUCCAGUUGCCCCGGGCUAUUGAAAAAUUGCAUAGCAAUUGUCUCCAGCAGUAUAAUAUCCUCGAGAAGAGACUUUCGCUUCCCGAGCAGAACUACAUUGCACUCCCAGAUCGCCCGACAUUAGCCGACUUGUCGUAUCUUCCGUUCGCCAUGCCGUGGAUGUUUACGUUUAUGGGAGUGAAAAUACAAGACUGGCCUCACGUCGAGGCGUGGAGUGACCGAAUGCUAGCACGGCCAGCAGUUCAAGAGGUCUUGAAAGCAGCGCCGACAUAUGGACAUUGA